CAUGGGCCGCCGGAAGAAGAGACCAACGUGGUUCGUGGAGAGUGUGUUGUCUUUACCUUACAGCCGAUGUCUCUACAUUCAUCGAAAUGACUGAAAGUAAGGCAGAAACGGCGACUAAGCCGGCGAAAGAACUGCUGGCGCUGAACCCCAAACAAGAGUCUGAGUUCAAGAAGAAGGUUCAGGAGGUGAAGAAGAACAAACCGAGCAAGGGGACCCGUUUGAGCCCAGGAGUGAUUUAUGUGGGCCACCUGCCUCUGGGGCUGUUUGAGCCUCAGCUCAAAUCUUAUUUCGAACAGUUUGGGAAGGUCUUGAGGCUGCGGCUGUCCAGGAGUAAAAAGACAGGUGGAAGUAAAGGCUAUGCAUUUGUGGAGUACGAAUGUGACGAAGUAGCUAAAAUUGUUGCAGAGACCAUGAACAAUUACCUCAUGGGAGAGAGACUCAUCAAAUGCCACGUGAUUCCACCGGAGAAAGUACACGAGAAGCUGUUUGUCGGCUCCCGAAAAGCAUUUAAAAAACCCUCAUAUCCUGCUGUGGCACGCUACAACAAGACACGCACAGCUGAGGAGGUCAAGAAGAUGAAAGGCAAACUCCUGCAGAAAGAAUCGAAGCUCCGCAAAAGGCUCGCAGCACACGGCAUCGACUAUGACUUCCCUGGAUUUGCUGCCCAGGUGCCUCCGAAGAAAAAGUCCUCAGACUCCAUGAACGCAUCUACGUGUAGUGAUGACACCACACCCGUCUGCACCCCCUCCCUCCUGGAGAGGAGGAAGUCCAUGGUCAUCGACGACGACGCAGAUGACGAGAUUGUCGUUAAGAUUCCGGCGGCGGAGAAAGAUGAAGAGUGCUCCUCCUCAGAGGAGGAGGAGGAGGAAGACAGUGAGGGCGACGAGGAUGACGACUCAGAGAGCGAAGAACCCUCUGAAGAGGACACGGAGGCAAAGUGAAAGCCUUCACUGUUUUAUUGUGGACUUGAGCUGUCAGAGCAGACACAACAUACAUCGGGAUCAUGUGUGGUCCAUGUUUUCUUCAGACAGUGAUGGGACAGCUUUGAGCUGUGCUCAGAAAUCACAGUGUGUCUUCCUGUAAGUGGAAAUCACACUGGAAUUUAGAAAGAGGCUCUUAUGGAAGAUACCACAGUAAUUGUGGGUAUGUUGUGAGUGGCAGGAAUGGUGCUCACAAAAUCAUCACAAUGAGCCUGAUCUAUGGGCCAUGGUUGUGCCUGGACUUCUUUGACAAAGGCAGUUUUCCAUGUCUGUCUCUGUUUCACUUGCCAUACAGGGCUCUACUGUUGAUAUGCUAUAGCAGCACUGCAGCAACAAUUGUAUUUUGCUUUAUAACCACACUUGUCUACAAGCCUGGUUGAAUUUACAUGAAUAUUAUGAUGUUUAAUAAUAAACGGUGUCAGAAUAUUACAGUAUUUUCAGUUCACUGGAGAUUUCUGUCAUGUUAUUGAUGAAAGAAAAAAG